AUGGCUAGAUCUGUUCCAUCUCACACUCCUCCUCGAAAUAUCGGCGUCUUGACGCGCAGCGGUCGAACUAUCGGUACCCCAUCCAGCCCUGGAGGCACUGAAUCAUCACGUGCUUCACUGUCACCAAAGUCCCGCAAAAGUCUGAGAAAGAAAGCCGGCAACAAAAAGGGAGGACCUGCAGUCGACCAACCACUCAGCAUCCUCACAAAGGAUUAUAAGACACCUGUCCGUGAUAUGGGACUAUGGGUGAAUCGUCCAGUCGAAGAGCGACUGGCAGAGGUUGAGAGAAAGAAAGGAUAUAUUUCCAGGCCGAUGAACUCGUUCAUGUUAUAUCGAUCUGCGUAUGCAGAGCGAGUGAAGCAAUUCUGCAAGGAGAACAACCACCAAGUUGUCUCACAGGUGACAGGCGCGAGCUGGCCUCUGGAACCGAAGGAGGUCAGAGAUCUGUACGAGCGAUAUGCCAUCAUCGAACGUGACAACCAUGCCGCAGCCCACCCCAACUACAAAUUCGCACCAAACAAGGCAGGGAAGAGGGCAAGAAAUGAUGACGACGUCAGUGAAAGCGAUCCGGAAUGGGAAGGCUCGGUCAAGAGCUCCAAGCGCAGUCGCAGCGCCCGGCGCUUCGAAAGCAGAAGUGCAUCCUUGACGCCAUUCGAUGACAGGCCAUCUGUAUAUCACCAGGUGAUACCACCACAGCAGCAUCACUUGUCGGCAUAUGAGCUGAGCAAUCCGUACGCACCUGCUCAGAUAAUGGUCAGCUCCAACGGCAUGGUUGGCGACUAUUAUCAGCCUGCAACCGCUGUGGGGCCGUACGAGCAAGUGUCGGAUAUCACUUAUCGGCGGCUGGAUGACCCGUUCCCUCAGUACCAAACCACAAUGGGCCUGGUGGGAAUGCCGCACCCUGAGCACCCUGAGCUGUUGACAACGUAUCCUGCGCCUCAGCCGAUGGCGGUACCCGUUCAGCACGACAUUCUCGACCCUCGUCUCGGACAACUAGAUCCCAGCUACCAGAUCGUGUAUUAUGAAGGCGGUGCGGAGCCAGCACAUGAAAUCCCAAGGACAAUUGCAUAUCAAUCUGCACCACAGUUUGAGCUAAAUUACCAGCCUGAGGCCUAUCAUCCGGGUCUGGCAACGUUGACGGAGGAACAUGAUGUAUGGGCAGAGCCGGAGCAGGCGGGAUCGGACUUCGAUUCAGAGUUCCAGAAGCUGAGUUGA